AUGGCUCCCGGUAUCUUGGAACGUAUCCAGCAGAAGAUUGAGCUCUUCCGCCUCGAGCAGCGAUACACCCGUCGCCGCCAUCGCCGCUCAACCUUCGUUUCCAACGCUGUCUACGUUGACGGCGAGUAUGUCUACCAGACCCCUACUUCGACCGGUUCCUCCUCCACCGGUACUGCCAACAGCAAGGAGCCAACGUCACCGCGCGUCGAUGCCCUCCAUCAUGCCGAGCCUGCCUCCCCCACAGAAGUGAUCCCUUCACAGACCGAGCGCAGCAAGAAGCGGCUGAGCCGCUUCUCCUCGAUGCCCGGUUUCGGGUCUUCCAGCAAGCAGAGCCCUACACAAGAUUGGAGGACAAGCCAUGUCAGCGUCGAUGAGAUCCGGCGGUAA